AUGCCGCGAAUACAGAAAAGACGUGCCACCGGCACCGACCUCGAGACCCCAAACGCGACUCGACGUAGAAGACAAAGCGAAGAAUCAGAAUCACCAGCAGCAGCAGACAGCGACGACGAUGGACUAAGCGCACCGACUAGCACAGAUGCAAUGGUCAAGAAGCUGGUGCGCCUAGCCAUGGCAAGCGAGUAUUCACGCCUCCCGAUCCGCCGCGCCGACAUCAGCGCCAAAGUGCUGGGCGAGCAGGGCUCACGACAGUUCAAGCUUGUCUUUGAGCAAGCACAGCGUGAACUCAGACACCGAUUUGGGAUGGAGAUGAACGAGUUACCGGCGCGCGAGAAAAUCACCAUCUCGCAACGACGAGGCGAGUUUUUUGCCCCGUCUUCGGCGCAAAAAACUGAGAAACCCUCGACGGCCAAUAAAUCCUGGAUCCUAACCAGCACUCUCCCACUCGCAUACCGCUCCCCGGACAUCCUCAUCCCAACCAAAGCCCCGUCUCUCUACACAGAGAGCACGUACAUCGGCCUGUACAGCUUCAUUAUCGCAGUGAUCCUGCUGAACGGCGGUUCGCUGGCAGAGCAGAAACUCGACCGGUAUCUGGCGCGCACAAACGCAGAGAUCGGCACGCCGAUCGACCGCACAGACAGAUUGCUGCAGCGGCUAUGCAAGGAGGGCUACAUUAUCAAGACGCGGGAGAUGGAUGGCGGCGAGGAAAUCAUUGAGUACGUUGUUGGUCCGCGGGGGAAAGUCGAGGUUGACACUGGUUCUGUCGCGGGUCUUGUGCGGACGGUCUACGGGAAGGAGCAGGGGGAUCGGAGCGAUAUGUCGCAGCUUCAGAGGGAUGACCUUGAGGACUUUGAGGGGAGGCUUGGGAGGAGUCUUGGUAUCAAGCCUGCUGUUGUGCAGAACGGUGAGGGAGAUGGUGAUGGCGAUGAACAGGAGGCUCCGCCGAGUACGGCUAGACGGUCGUCCAGGCGUGGUCCUGCUCGUGGGGAUUCUUCUGAUGAGGAAUAG